AGAUUUUGGAAAAAAAUAAAUAGAUUAGUUCUUAUAUUGAUACAUUAGAGUGCAGACUUUUUCAACUUCCAAUAUUAAGAGUACUUAUUGGUUGGCAUGAUUUAGUGUCAAAGAGUUUGAUUUCAUUAAUUGUCUUAGAAAACCUUUCAAUUAGUUAGCCUAUAUCAUAGACCUAUAUAUAUAUAUAUAUAUAUAUAUAUAUAUAGGCCUAUAUAGGUGUGUGGCCUAGAUCUUAGAAGGAUUCAGUUUUCUUUCGCGCAAUAUUAAGGAAUAAAAAGAAAUUCGUCGAUUUUAACGACAUGGAAGAUUAUUCAAUGUUGUCAGACCUGGCAGGGAAAUUGAAAAUACCUGUGAAAGAACGUUCGAAAUGGAUAGAAAAACAAAUGACUUUGAAAAUACGGAAUGAAGAACUGAAGCUACGGAACAAAGAACUUGAACUCAGUGCGACCAAAAGAAAGCCAAAUGACACAAGUGAAGAUCAAUCUUUGGAAACCGCACAGUCGCUUAAAGAUUCUGGUCCACCACAACCGAAAAAAGAUAAAAUGGAAGAUGUAGUUAUUGUAGACAGUCCACAGCCAGAGAUUAUACUUAUAAAGGGAGAUUUAAAAGACAAAUCAAAGCCAGCAAUUAAAAGAACUAGACAAAAGAAAGGUGUUUCUAAAGACAGUCCGAAGUCAGCGACACAAAGCAAUGCGGUAAAAAAGGUUACUUUUCUUUUCAAGGGAGAUAAAAAGGAGACACAAAAGAAUGUGAGAAAAAAGGACAAGCUUCGGUUUACUUAUCAAGAAACACUGGAUCUUUUUAAUUUGGUUUUACAAGACGUGAAUUGGACUACAGUACCAUCAAGGAUGAGUCAAAAGAAUCACAUUCCAAGAACAGACAGUGAUUACAAAGCAAAACUUGAAACAGAGUUCAAGAAAUUAUAUCCACCGAAGUCUUGAAACCGCAAAAUAAAUAGAUAUUAAUAACU